AUGAUGCUGCCCAAGGGUAUCGUCAUCAACACCACAAACGUUUACAAAGAGGUUGCAAGCUACCCCACCGUCCCCGCAGACAAGAUCUGGGAGUACUGGCAUGUCUACACCGUCACGAACAAGAAGCUCAGGGAUCCCACGGCCCGGCGCCUGGAAAACUUUUGGUGGCAGGUCUGGGGCAGCGACCGGCGACACCUCAGCGGCCGCACCCUCGCGAGGCUCUACGAGGACAUCUCGGUCGGUCCUACCAUUGCCCCCCUUCAGGGCCCGCCGAACCGAUGGGAGGGUCCCAACGCCCCACCCCUGACGAGACAGUUGAUCCUCGCGCAUCUGAGUCAAGAGCGAGGCACGCGCCAGCCCGCGCCCGAGCCGCGUCCGCCGCCGCCGCAGACCAAGCAGAGCGACAGCUCCGUCAAGAGCCUAUCGUCGAGCGCCUCGAAGCCGCCCCCACCUCACCCUAUCCUGAAAAAGUCCAGGGGCCCGUCAUCCUCCGGGCCCCGACCCACGGCCCGCUUCGUUUCGCCUCACGGCUCCGGCGAUGAGGACGACAAAGAGAGUGACUUUCCCUCGUCCGGGAGCACGGUUGCAAUGGGGCUCGAGGUCCCAGCCUUUGCGCACAAGAAGAAGGCGCAGCACGCGACCAAGAAGUUUGUCGCGGGCACGUCGUCUGCUAAGCGACGGCCCCUGAUGCAGAGGAAGGCCAGCCCUCAGUCUCCGGUGCUGUCUGCCGUGGGUUCGCGCAAUGGCGAGGCUGGCUCUCGAUCCGCGGGACUCGCCCGGCCCGUCUCGCCCAUCCCGGAGCGAGCAUCGAAUCACGCCAGCCCAGUAGCCGAGAGUAACGGACAGCCAAACGGGGAGGAUCCGGCCCCCAGCGCCAAGGCACUCGGGAAGAGGCCAGCUGUCCCGCAGAGGCUGCCGACGGACAAGGAUGAGUCUGGCAAGGCGAGGAGUGUGUCGUCUUCGACGUCGUCGCUGUUGUCGCCAGCUCAGCCUGCAGCGAGAGCGAGCCAUGGCCCGAUAUCAUCUGCGGCCAGCAGCAUGAGGGAUCAUAAGCGGCAAUCCGAGAACCUGCCACAGGCCUCAGCCUCUCCCGCCGCGGAAGCUGCACCCGCGAUGGGCCGCUCGCACUCCCACAAUGGGUACGGACACGAGCGAUAUCCGGACCGCCACGGCCCCAACGCCAAGCUCUUCACCGGUGCGACGGCGUCGAUGACCAACGUGGCUGCGCAAGGGACCAUCAUCGACCAGUCCGGCUCGCUCCCGAAGUCGAGCAUCCUCGGCGAGUCCUUGAACCAGAACGCAAUCCCGAGCAGGCUCUCGUCAUCGUCCCUGCUCGACUCACGCCUGACGCCGACCCGGCCGGGGCCCUCAGCCAGCGUGCCCAUGGCGCGCACGAGGAGUCAGCUUACCCUGCUGCUCGAGCGCGAAAAGGCCCGGAUAGGGGACAAGCCGCGGUCGAGGAACUGA